CUUUCUCGCGUUUCCCUCCCAUCUCGCCAAAAGCGUUGUUUCCGUAGUUAAAUACCCCCUGCCACAUUCUUUCUUUCUUCCUUCCUACCUUCCACGCCAUCAUCCAGAGCUGUGCUCGGCCCUCCGCUAUAGAAAACCACUUCCAUCACUCAACACAGUCACUCUUUCCAUCAGCGCACUUUCACUAGCUCACACCGCCACCCCACCCCUUCCACUUUCGCCAAACACCCCAUCCACAGCAAAUCAUAAUGAAGCUCGCCCCCAACGCCGUCGCUGCUGCGGCAUAUCUCGCCCUCUGCACCUCUGUGGUCGCCCGCGUAGACUUUACGCGUCGUGGCCCCGACGGUGCCCUCCUCACUGGCCCCCGAUACGUUUUCCAUGCCCGUCAGGAUGAUUCUACAGACUUUGUCGCUAAUGCCACCGACGUCAGCGCGACAAGCUUCGCCGAGGAAACCCCCGCCGCAAACUCUGCUAUCACUGCCGCAGACUCCACUAUCACUGCCGACUCCACUAUCAUUGCCGCAGACUCCGCUAUCACUGCCGCAAGCUCCACUAUCACUGCCGCAAACUCCACUAUUACUUCCAACUCCACCUCUUACGACAACUCUACCGAUGUAGGGGCUGGCUUUAAUGGCGCCGACGAGGAAGAUUGCGAAGAAGAGGAUGGUAGCUCGCUCACCGCGUCCGGCUCAUACUCUGCCGUCACCAGCGCUUCUACUGCGGCCGUUAGCCCUGAAGAAGAAGAGGAGGACUGCGAGGAGGAAGAUGAGGAUGAGGAUGGAGCAGACAGCGCUUCUGCGUCUGGUGCAUCCGCCGCCAUCGCUGCUGCAACUUCCGUCCAGGCGGGGUCUUCUUCUGCCAACCCCGUUGUGGCCUCUCAGGCGGCCUCUACAACAGUUUUGGGUGCCGUUCAGGCUGCCGAUGCAACUGGAUCUUCUGAAUCCUGUGACGGUGCCUCUACUGUCUACGCUACUGUCACUGUAACUCAAACUGUCACCGCUGGUUCUGACGCCACUAGCAUUGCUGCUGCCACCCUUGCUGCUGCCGUUACCCCUGCUUCUUCAGCCAACCAGGCUUCAUCCACUUCUGCCGCCGCCGACGAUGGGUCCAAUACUACCACUGGCAGCUCUUCUAGCACUGACGGCGAUGAUGAUGAUGAAUACCCCGAGUGCGAGGAGGAUGACGAAUACGAGGAUAACACUUCUGCCGCCGUUGCCUCUUCCCCCACCACUUCGGCUGCCGCUAGUACUUCUACCGGCGGAUCCUCUGCCGUUACUAGCGGGCAAGACGACGAGGAGGAAGAGGACUGUGAAGAUUACGAAGAGGAAGAGGACGACGCCGUCUCUAGCGCGACUUUUAGCCAGAGCUCUACUGCCAUUUACUCUGCUACCGCGACCGACCCUGCCGUUGCCGUCCAGACCGAUUCAGCCUCCGAUCUGACUGCCAACGCCAGCUCUUCAGCUAGCGAGUCUUUGUCCGCUUCUGAGACUGCCUUGCCCAGCCUCGCUCAGCUCAUGGCCAAUACCACGGCUACGGCUACCGAUUCUAUCUCUGCCGACGCCACUACAUUUGAGUCCACCGCGCAGGAGACUGCCUCCUACUCUUCUUUCUCCGAGUCUGCCUCUGUUUCUGAGGUGAUUGCUCCUUCAGCAGUCUCUGAUUACGACUCGGCUGCCGCUUCAGAGUCCUCUUCUAUCUACUCUUCCGCCGCCCAAGAGAGUGCCUCUCCCACCCCUGCUGUAUCUUCUGCAGACGACGAGCAGGUCGCCUCUUCCAGCGUCAGUGCUGAUGACGAGACUCCCGUCACUGUGACUGCCGAAGAUGCCUCUGCUACUGCGUUCCGCAAGCGCCGAAUCACGUACUGGGGUUAAAAUAUAGAAAACUUGUGACCAUUUUGUUUUGAUUACUAUUUUUUUUUUUCAUGUUAUAUUACGCCUAUAAAGGGUGCUAGUCGCUCUAUGACGUGCCACGUAGUACCGAAUUGCCGACGCCUACAGAUACCAAAGUAUUGAUUGCUACGAUCUUGGGACGUUCGGAACCUGUCAUGUUAUUUAUCCUCUUGUUUGAACUGUUUACACUUUUCUUUUUUUUCUUUAUUGGCUCUAUCAGAUUGACAUAUACAACUGCAUAUACACGAUACCGAUGCGAUUUAGCCACAAGUUGCUCGACAUCCGUCUACGGCUUGAAAUAUGUUUUGUCAGCGA